UGGGGCUCAAAAUGGGGUUGUUAAAACAAAAACAAACUAGUAGGAGUACUAAAAAGUAAUAAGGAGAAGUUUGUUUUCCUUCCUUCUGCUGCUCUUGGUCUCUGGCGCCAACCCAGCAAAGCAUUUCCCGCCGCCGCAAUUUGAUUUUGGGUGGUGAAGGAGGAAAUGGAAAAGGAAUGCUGGGAAGGUGGCAGUGAUGAGUCUCGUCUUCUGAUCGCACCUGCGCCUUCGCCCACUGCAAGAGAUGCUGCUGCUGGAAUUAAUGGAUGCUUGUUAUUGCUUCGACAUCCAAAAUCGGGGAACGCGACAAACUAUCUCCUUAGUAAUGAUAAUGAGGGAGCAGUGCUCCAAGAACUUCACUGGUUCAAGCAAUCAUAUACCUCUUGGUUUCUUGGCGAUUAUGUUUCUCAAGGCAUUGCAUGUGCUUCAUCUCUAUAUAUUUUCCAUCCACACACUUCCACUCAACCUUUCCAAGGCCUGUGCUUCUCCUCAGCAUCAGAUCAUCAAUGGAACAUACAAGGAGUUUUUACAGAAUCUUUCCUAGAUGGCAGCCUAUACACUGCCACUCCUGUCGAUCCUGUUUUCAUUUUGUUGCCCAUUUUUGAGGAAGCUAGAAUGAAGAAGAGGGAUGAUCUAGGGAAGUUCAGGCAAUUAGAUGAGAUAAUAUUUAUCAAUGACUAUCCUGGGUAUCAGCAUCUAAUGUCCAUUGCAGAGAACUGUAUGGGAGUAGUUUGUGAAAUCAAAGAAAUUGGAUCUUCCAAGUUUUUUCGGCUGGAUGAUUCAAAGGUUUUAGCUUGGCUGUACUGCAAGGUGUUCCAAUUAAAAAAGGCUCUAUGCUCCUUGGACAAGAACUAUGCUGCUCAAGACGAGAAAUAUACAUUAGCUGAGGCGGUUUCAAUAUUAAGGGAGUACGUGAAGGAUGAGCCGUGGUUGAUGCUUCUGUUAGAUCAUUUGAAAUUAAAUUUACUCGAGGUAACUAGUAAGGUACCAGAAGCUGAAAAUUUUCCGACCAAUGCCGAACAUAAUCCAGUUUCUUCCAGUUUGGUACAGGAAAAGGGUAGGAGUGAAGAUAAAACAAAGAGAAGUGGAAAGCAAGCUAAAAAGGCCAAGGUGGAGACAGAAUCAAGGAACAUAAGAGAAAUGUUUCGCAGGGCUUGCAGGAAAAGCUAAACAGUAGUCUCUUAUUAAAAGAUUGAAAGGGGAGAAGAUAGUGGAUUCUAGUUUAUUUAGUUUUUGGUUGCGACAAAGCUCACCCAGUCUUGACUAGUGUCUUGGCGUGUGAAUGCAUCAUCCCUGUACAACAGUGCAAUGGUUUAUCAUUUAUGCUUAAGCACUAAAUCAUUUAUGCUUAA